AUCUAUGAUGUCUGCGCUCAAGGACUGUCAAUUUUGACGGUUGUCUAGAAAAUCAUUAUUUGAUUUGCGCUACAUCAACAGUAAUUUUGACAUUUUUUAAUAUUUUGUGAUUUACUUACAUUAGCGAUCGAGAUUUUACCACUUUGUUAUAAUGUUUAAUGUGUGAAAAAUAUAAUUAUGCCAUUCGACCAGUUAGAAAAUCAAAAUCCGAGUGUUUAUCAUAAGAGCGCUGAUCGAUCGGCCACAUUAGAGGAAGAGAACGAUUCAGUUGUAGAUGAGUUUGAUAAUAGAGAAGUGUUUGAUCUUAUUCGAGAUAUCAACGACCCUGAACAUCCCCUUACAUUAGAACAAUUACAUGUUGUCCAAGAGGAUUUAGUCCACGUAAAUAAUGGUGAUAAUAAAAUAUUUGUUAACUUUACUCCAACAAUUCCCCACUGUAGCAUGGCGACGUUGAUUGGCCUUUCCAUUAGAGUGAAAUUGUUACGUUGUUUGCCUACUAGAUUCAAAGUUACAGUGGAAGUGACACCCGGCACACAUAACGCUGAGCAACAAGUUAACAAACAACUUGCAGACAAAGAAAGAGUCGCAGCUGCAUUGGAAAACACACAUUUAAUUAAGGUUAUAAAUCAGUGCAUUGCCCCCAGAGCAAGAGCCUAAUUGCAACGAUGAGUUAUACCAACACCA